UGUGCGCACCUCCCCAUAAUAAUCCGCCUGAGCAGCGUCGCUGUCUUUUCAGCACCACUCACUGACAAUCCAACCAACCGGAGAGGCAAGACAAGAGGCAAAGCUGACUUCUCCGCAAGCUUCUGUGGAUUUUCUUUUCUUUUUCUUUUCUUUUCUUUUUUUUACUCAAGAUAACAAAUCAGUGCAACUUUUUGUCCAAGUAAAGGAACUAUCCGAUUUGAAUCUGCUGAAAGUAAGAAUUCAGAUUUACUGGUGUAUUUUUCAAACAGGUUCGACCAUGUGGUUGGUGGAUGCGUGAUUUUAGGAUUUUUCACUGCGGAUCCAGGUUUGUUUUUUCCCAUGGUUACAUUAUAAACUAAGUUUGAUCUUUUCGUUACACUUUGAAAGUCUAAAAAAAUGUCCGCCACCACUUGAGUUAAUUGUUAAUACGUUUAUUUCACUGGAGACUUCAGGCAGACGUUAAGGAGCCUUUCUAUUUCCUUUAAUACGUGGGAUUUGUGUCUCCAGUCGGGAUGCUGGUUUUAGUAGCUGGACUUUUGUACCUGGUCAGCGGACGCGCUGUGCGGAGUCAGGAUGCUACAGGUAGCCGCUUCGUUUGUAACGCCAUUCCCCCGGGCGCAGAGCCUGGCUGCGGGUACGGUCCUACAGGGAACCGCGUCCAGAGCACCAGCCCCGUGGAGGACGAGCUGCGGAACACGAUCAUCCAGCUCAGAGAGACCAUCCUGCAGCAGAAGGAGACUAUCGUGAGCCAGCAGGGGACCAUCAAAGAGCUGAACUCCAAGCUGGCGCGCUGCGAGGCGGCAGCCGAUGAGUCGACGCAGAGCAAGUCCCGGGGUCAGGGCUCCAGACGGAAGGAGUUCGGUAAGAACACCAUGGGAGACCUGCCCCGGGACCCCGUCGAGACUAUAGAUCAACUGGGGAAAACCAUGCAGAGUCUCAAGGGUCGGCUGGAGAACUUGGAGCAGCAGAGUUUUCGUCUCCCCAGCAUAAAUGUGUCAGCUGGAGGUGUCUCGGCUCUGACUCCCCUGCCACCGGAGCUGCGGGAACUGCUGCGGCAUCGUCUGGGGGCGCUGGAGACCCAGCUCCUCCGGAAGGUGGCCGAGCUGGAGGAGGAGAAGAGCCAGCUCUACAAUGAAACUGCGGCCCACCGCCAACGCACGGAGAGCACUCUGAAUUCCCUCCUGGAGAGGAUCACCGAGCUUGAGAAAAGUAAUAACGCCUUCAAGUCGCCCGAGGAUUUCAAGGUGUCUCUCUCUCUUCGUACCAACUACCUGUAUGGACGCAUCAAGAAGAGCCUCCCAGAAAUGUACGCCUUCACCGUGUGCAUGUGGCUCAAGUCCAGCGCUAGUCCAGGUAUCGGAACCCCGUUUUCCUACGGCGUGCCAGGCCAGGCCAACGAGAUUGUCCUCAUCGAGUGGGGGAACAACCCCAUUGAACUACUAGUUAAUGAUAAGGUGGCCCAGCUCCCUCUGUCUGUUAGCGACGGACGCUGGCAUCACAUCUGCAUCACCUGGACAACCAGAGACGGUUUCUGGGAGGCUUAUCAGGAUGGAGAGCGACUAGGCACAGGGGACAACCUGGCCCCCUGGCACCCAAUUAAACCUGGAGGGGUGAUCAUCUUGGGCCAGGAGCAGGAUGUAGUCGGAGGCCGUUUUGACGCCACCCAGGCCUUUGUGGGCGAGCUGAGCCAGUUCAACAUGUGGGACAGAGUACUGCGGCCUGUGGACAUCAUGGGUCUGGCUAACUGCUCGGCUUACAUGCCCGGAAACGUGGUUCCCUGGAUUGAUGCAAAUGUGGAAGUGUUCGGCGGUGCAAUUAAAGCUCCUCUGGAGAUCUGUGAGGAUCGUGUUUUUGAUUCCUAAAGGAUGCGACGCGAGGAAACCCAGUGUCGCGUCUGGGAUGGAGAAGCUGAUUAUUUUGACUGCUUGUUGCUUCAGUCAAAAUCCCAAAGGAAAGGGUAUAGUGCAACAUUUUUACAUAUUUAUAUGCUCUGACUGCUCAAAGACAAGUCAAUGUUUAUUGGACUCAGAUUCACAUGUAGAUGUGUCCAUUCAAUUUGAACCCUGAGGACAUUACAGGAGACUUCAAAUUAGCCUGCUCAUGUGAAGAAGAUAUGCCGUUGCAUCAGUCUACUGUAAUGAUAUGACCUACUGUCACUCUGUGUUUUCUCUUCAGCAGAUCAGCUUUCAUUUGACACCCCUUUGAAAACAGCUCUCUCUUUCUUUUUUUUUUUUUUUGGUUGCAUUCCUUAUACUGACAAUGCUGCACUGUAUUUGUAGUGAAUGUGAGCUCAAACAGGCUUUGAUGUGCCCGUGGAACACUAUUCCUGACUUAUAAUAUGGUAGAGUACUAGAUGCUGUGAGCCUCUGUGCUCCUUAAAGAGCAAUGAGGCACCGAACCAGAAGCGCAGUCAGAUGAGGGUGAUAUGCCCAUGAGUACAGAGUGGACACGAACAACCCUCGGUGAUUAUUUUGAGACAAAUAUUAUGCAUGAGCCUGAGCGGUGAAUGGAAGUCAAUUCAGAAGUAACAAUGCAUGCUAUCUGCCAAUACACAGAGCAGAACAAACUAAUGCCGAGUGCUGACAACAUUACAUAAGGGUGUGUGUGUGUGUGUGUGUGUGUGUGUGUGUGUGUUUUAGCACGUAUGGCUUGUCUUGUGUGUUGAAAGGCCAGAGAUUAUGAGAGAGGGAGGACAUUUUCAUUCUUGUAAAUCUAUGCUUAAUACCUCUCUGCCCCUUGAGCAGCUGCCAUAUCCCAAACAGCUUUAUGGAUGGGCUGGCUCUGCUCAGGUUAAUAGCGAUGUGGGACAGCUGCCCGGGACUGGCGUAUCGACAGAGGAUGUGGAUGCGGCCGAGUGUCCGGUGGGGGCAGGGAUUGGGUCUGACCUUCAAGGACAAUCCUUCAUUCCUCAUCUGGGUAGCGGUUAUCUGUGUUUUAUGAAUGAGUGUGGAGGGGACGUCAAAUGAGAGCAGCACUCUGUGGACAUUAUGAAUGUUGCUAUCAGACGGACUUAAUUGCCUCUCGCUGGGACGAACAGUUUUGAUCAGUGGAUAUAUAUUUUUAAAAGAUGUAAUGAAUCAAUGGAUUUUGGCGCCGCUUAGUGAAUAAAACCGACGCUUUUUGCAGCUUAAUUUAUGUUACUCCUUAAUGUUGUGGUGGACGUUUGUUUGAAGACUGAGAUAUGUUUUACAUAAACUGUAAAAUAUUGAUAACAAGCCUGGUGCUGAAGCCUCAUAAGGAAACAAUGUAAAAGAGGCAACAAAGACUAUCUUCUUUUUCUCCUUGAUGAAUUGACACUAGUUCAAAAGCCAUUAAAAGCUGUUCACGUUAGGAGGAAAAUGCAGUUAAAUAUUGAUAAUAUAGAAAAGAUGUAGUAGGUUACUGGACAGCGCAGAAUGUUAUAAAAAAAAUAAGGGUACACACUCAUAUUAUAAGGACCUGUUGGAUAUGUCACCAACAUGUUGUGAUUGUUCCUCUUUUGAGUGUCUUUGUUAACAAUGUUUCAGUGUAAAGUCAAGAGACGUCUUUCCUGUAGAAAGUGUAUUUUUCUUGCUUUUUUCUGCUCAUGAUUUUUGUCCAUUAGCAGCAUCUUAUGUGAAAAAAAAAAAAAAGAUACAAACAGCAGAUGUACUUAUAGAAAUGCUUUGUUUAAAUGGUGAAUGGCCUUUCUGUGAGAACCAAAUGUGCUUUUGCUUUUUGUCAGCUUUUAAACAGCUCACUAGCAGCACAAUGAGGGACGCAAGAAAACAGAGACAUUUGUUUUUUGCUGUCGUUGUUUGUAACGUCACCUUUUUUUUUUCUUCUCGAGUGUGGUGCCCAUUUUAAGUUUCUGCCAUGUGGUUGAAUGUCCUUUUGCACCCAAUAAAAGAGUGAACAAGU